CCCCCCCGGAUGACGUCAAUCUGCUACUUCCGUUGCGAAGGCAGCUACAGCAGCUUGAUGUAAACAAACGGCGUUUAAGAAAAAGGCUCCCGUACUGGACGUCGAGGUUGUUCGUGGGUGUGACGCGAGUGAUGGAGUGAAGUGGAGGCGGCAACAUGUCCAUGGAAGACCCCUUCUUCGUCGUCAAAGGGGAGGUGCAGAAGGCCGUGAGCGGCGCUCAAACCCUCCAUCACAGAUGGAGAGAGUUGCUGCUGGAAGGGGGUGCAGCCUCGAAGGAGGAGAUGGACUGGACCACGAAUGAGCUGAGGAACAGUUUGCGCUCCAUUGAGUGGGACCUGGAAGACCUUGAUGAGACCAUCAGCAUCGUGGAGUCCAACCCCAAGAAGUUCAACCUGGAUGCCGAUGAGCUGGUCAAGAGAAAAGCCUUCAUCAGCAGCACCAGACGCAUUGUCAAGCAAAUGAAGGAGCACAUGACGAGUGGUCCGGCCGUGGCCUUUGCCGACGGGACAGACAAGCGGGUGCCGCUCGGCGACGGCGCCAAAUGCGACGUGUACCAGCCGCCGGCGCGUGGCCUGCACGACACUAACUCCGACUUCAUCGAGAACCAGCAACUUCAGCAACAGUUGAUGGCGGAGCAGCAGGACGAACAGCUGGAGCUUGUCUCGGGAACCAUUGGCGUCCUGAAGAACAUGUCAGAGAGGAUUGGCCUGGAGUUGGACGAACAGGCUGUUAUGCUGGACGACUUUGGCCAGGAGAUGGACAGCACACACUCCAGACUGGACAACGUCAUGAAGAAACUGGCCAAAGUGUCCCACAUCACCAGCGACCGUCGCCAGUGGUGCGCCAUUGGUGUGCUGCUGGCUGUCCUCUUGGUCAUCCUCCUGCUCCUCGUCAUCCUCUGACACGAUGACUCGUCUUCAUCCUCCCGGACCAGAGGUCGUUGUCUGUUUUGUCUCCUGCUGAGUGGCGACUGUUUUCUUCCCUUCCUUUGCGGACUUUUCAGUGUGAAAGACUGACUCGAUUCUUUGUUGCACAGUUCACCUUUUGUCCUGCAGGUGUCACAAGCAGCCCUAAAGCCAGGGCUGCCCAAGUCCUGUCCUGAGAGAACCUACCCAGGCUG